UUUUCGUUUCGCGAGAUAAAUGGAUCCCGGUUUGACAAGAAUCAGUACUUAUGGGUACCAAUAAUUCCCGCGAUAUUGUGCUUUGAUAAACUUUAUGAUGGACGAAAAAGCAAAGACUACCCCCAAUUUGCCCUGGGUGGAGAAAUACCGGCCCAAACAGCUGGACGACCUUAUUUCACAUCAAGACAUCAUAUCCACAAUCAACAAGUUUGUAUCCCAGAAUCGGUUGCCCCACCUUCUGUUCUAUGGACCACCGGGUACUGGUAAAACCAGUACAAUCCUUGCAGUCGCUAAACAGAUGUACACCCCACAGGAAUUUCAUUCCAUGGUCUUAGAGCUGAAUGCCUCAGAUGACCGAGGUAUUGGCAUUGUUCGAGGGCAGAUUCUAAGUUUUGCCAGCACAAGGACAAUAUUCAAGAAAGGCUUCAAGCUGGUGAUCCUGGAUGAGGCUGAUGCAAUGACCCGGGAUGCUCAGAACUCUCUCAGAAGAGUGAUAGAGAAGUUCACGGACAAUGUUCGGUUCUGCAUAAUCUGUAACUACCUGUCCAAGAUUAUCCCGGCCCUGCAGUCUAGAUGUACAAGGUUCAGAUUUGCCCCCCUGUCCACUGAACAGAUGAUUCCACGCUUGGAACAUGUCAUCAGGGAAGAAAGUGUCACCAUUACUCCAGACGGAAUGAACGCAGUUGUGACCCUUGCCAAUGGAGACAUGAGAAAGUCACUCAACAUUUUACAGAGCUGUUCAAUGGCGUAUGAUGAGAUAGGGGAGGACAAUGUGUACACCUGCGUGGGACACCCUCUACGUAAGGACAUUGAGAACAUUGUCUACUGGAUACUCAACGAGAACUUCACCACAGCAUUCAACAACAUAAUGAAUUUGAAGACAGCAAAAGGUUUAGCUCUGCAAGAUAUACUUACAGAGGUUCACCAAUAUGUUCACAAAGUUGAUUUGCCAAUGCAUGUCCGUCUGCAUCUGCUUGAAAAAAUGGCCGAAGUAGAGUAUAGGUUGGUCUCAGGGACCAAUGAGAAGAUACAGUUAAGCUCCUUGAUAGCAGCCUUCCAGGUGACAAGAGAUAUGAUUGUUGCUGAAGCCAAGUGAAUGGGCAGCAUACUUGUGGAUGCUUAAGUAAUUGUGCAAAAGAGUCAUGAUUGCAUAAAUUAUUGUACAAUAGACUCAUGUUUGAUAUGAACAGAUAUUUGCAUAUUGUUCAGUGUGUACUAAAACAACAGAUAAUUAAGGGCCUGUUAAAAUUGUCAUGUCAAAAUACACAGACGUUCUGGUUAUUACAACAUAAUUUCGAUGGUUUUGUGGAGAUACUUUUAGUGAAGAAGAACUGGUAAAAAACUGUGAAUCAGAUUUGCCUGACUCGUUGUAGUACUGUUACCAUAAGAACAAUAUUCCACACACCUGAAGAUCUUGGAUUUUAAUGCUGUCCAAGUGUUUUAGAAUUAUAUCUAAAGAAUGCAAUCCACCGGCUGUAAAACUGUAUACAUUGAUAUUGCUUGUGUUCUUAUUUCCUCAUCUUUCUGUAUUAAGAGUGAGAGGGUACACUAUUUUUAAUUCUGUAUGCAAAGUUCAUCAAGCAAUCUAGGCUUUUUCUUUGAAGUCCAUAAAAUGUAUUUAAAUCAAUAAUGUAUUAAAUUUUACUUCAUC